CAUUCAUCAGAUUCACAGGAUUCGCCCACCAUGUCUGCCACGUCCACUGCACAAGCCCCCAGUGAUGGCCUCGGCUUCAUCGUGGGGCUCCAGAAGGACAUUGCCCAGCACCUACCUGGCCUCGUUGGCGACUUUGAACAAAGAUGGGACGCAGCCCACGCCGAACUGUCUGCCUUAGGCGGCUCGCCGUUCUCGACACUGUCCGCCGCUUGCGACCGCUCCGACACCUUCCUUCACAUCAAGAAGAUGGGUCCCAAGGUUGUCCCACUUGUGGUUGAAAGGCUUGUUAGAGAGAACACCGCUGCGAAUGACUGGGCCGUGCUUCUCUAUGAUGCUCUUGAGUCCGAUGACCAGUACUGUCCUUCUGUCAUGGAGCAACAGGCUGACUUGGCGCUUUGUCGGGUGUGCAUCGUCGAAUUGAACUGCCAGCGCAACGAACUGCUGGCGAGCCGCCUAGCAGCGCUCACAGAAUUAAUGGAAUCCACUACGCUGUGGAACAACCUCUCCAGAAUCAAGUAUUAAGAAGAGUUCCUCGACUUCUGUGACCUGGGCGAGAGCGUCAUGACACCAGUCAUGCUUGCCUACCUUCGACUGCCAUACGCACCCUGGUUCUACCUCCCUCACCAGCUCGCACACAAGGAAGAGUUGAACGCACACAUGUUCCAACCCCCGGUGUUCCUUGAGAAAUGGGAGGAAUUCUUCAACAAAGGAGAACAGGACGAGACACCCUUCUACAUCCGAUCAGAGUUCGAGCGACACGUUUUCGGCGGGGAAAGAGACCUUGAGAUUCCAAGGGAUGACAAUGGCGUGCCAAUCGUCAACACCAGAGAACAGUUGAAGCCCAAAAAGUAGAUACACGUUGUAGUUUCGCAUAUUAGCUCGGAAGUGGAUGCAGUCAACAUUUUCGACCAUCUGUCUAGGUGACCAACUUACAGGUCAUUGUCUCAUAGAUAUUUCAGGGGUGAAGCCCUCGUUAAGGUGCUCUGUCUCAUCACGCCAAGUACUCCCGUCGCGAUAUCAC